CAGCUAAAAAAAAAUUGUGAUUCGCGAAGAGAAACCAAAAGGAUGUCUCCUAUUUUCUAACCCACGUCGGGGUUUCUCUCUCUGUCUGAUCUGAAGAGCUAUAAAUAAAUAGUAAAACAAAAACAAAAACAAAAAAAUAAAUGGCAUUCUGUGUGUGAAAAAAAAAACCCUUUGAGAGAGAGAGCUCAGCGUUUGAGUUAACAAAAAAAAAAAAGACCCAAAAGAGAAGCAAUGGAAGGGGUGCUCUCUUCAACUGAUAAGCAGAGUAUGGUGUCGUCUUUUCUAGAGAUCGCAGUUGGCCAGACUGCCGAUACAGCCAAACAGUUCUUGCAGGCCACAAGUUGGAAGCUUGAGGAAGCUAUUCAGCUGUUCUUUGUGGGUAAUGAAGGAGUGCCAGUGGUAGCGCCAUCACAAUCUCCAGCGGCAGAAAAUGUGAACACUUUGGCAGAUCAGAAUACAGGUAAUUUGGAGAGGGACAUAGGAAAUGAAAAUGUUGGAGAAAAUGAUGGAGAUGAAGUACGCCCUCCUUUACCUGUUAUAAGGGAAGCUCUUUAUGAUGAUGCAAUGUUGUAUGGAGCAUCAAGGAUAGGAUAUCCGUCGCGUGAACCAAGUUCAUUAAUUGCAUUCCGUAAUUUUGAUGAGGAAAUGAAACGCCCUGGGGUUUGGGAAUCAGACCAAGGUGCUUCAUCUACAACAGAGAGCCACCGAGAUAAUCUUGCUUCUUUAUAUCGUCCUCCCUAUCAUCUGAUGUUGCAUGGGUCCUUUGAAAAGGCAAAAGAUGCAGCUUCUGUCCAGGACAAAUGGCUCCUGGUGAACUUGCAAUCAACCAAGGAGUUCACCUCUCAUAUGCUUAAUCGGGAUACAUGGGCAAAUGAAGCUGUUUCUCAAACUAUUAGUACCAAUUUUAUCUUCUGGCAGGUGUAUGAUGAUACAACUGAAGGCAGAAAGGUUUGCACAUACUACAAGUUGGAUUCGAUUCCUGUAGUGCUUGUCAUCGACCCCAUAACUGGUCAGAAAAUGCGUUCCUGGUGUGGAAUGGUUCAACCUGAGCGGUUGCUGGAGGAUCUGUUACCCUUCAUGGAUGGUGGCCCCAAAGAUCAUCACAUAACUUUGUCUAAUAAACGUCCAAGAGAAAGUUCUUCAACUCCUCCUCAAAGAAGUAAAGAUGAAACAAAUGUGGAGGAUGAGGAAGUGCAACGGGCAUUGGCUGCUUCUAUGGAAGGCGUGAAAGACUCAAGUGGGAUGACUGCAAAAGACAAAGAUGUAAUUGUUACUGAAGAGGAUAAAACAUGCUCCACUAAGAAGGUGGAAUAUCCACCUCUGCCUGAAGAACCCAAGGGUGAUAAGAACCUCCUUUGCAGGGUUGGAUUCCGUCUUCCAGAUGGACGGAGAGUCCAGAGAAAUUUCUUCCGGACUGAUUCAAUACAGCUCCUGUGGUCGUUUUGCUAUUCUCAACUAGAAGAAGCUGAGACAAGGCCAUUUCGCUUGACACAUGCAAUCCCAGGAGCGUCAAGGUCUCUGGAUUACGAUAGCCAGUCAACUUUUGAGGAGUCUGGGCUGGCCAACUCUAUGAUCUCCGUUACAUGGGACUGAAGAACAUUAUGUUUGGGAGUGGGACUGAAGAACAUUUUGUUGGGGACUGUUUUUCGAGUUUCUUCAACUGGUAGAGUGGUGCAUUGAAGAAUUUUGGUUUGUCGUCGUUUCUCUGCUUGUUUUCUUCCCUUUUUGUUCUCCCUAGUCAGCAUCCAUUUAAUUUGAUGGUAAAUUGAAUCUCUUUAAGUCUAAAUUAUGUACAUACUCUUUAUGUACGGGACAUGAAUCUCUAGAUGUUUAUGCUCUUCUUCUAAUGUUCUCUCUGCUGUGUAUAUGGACGUUAUUCUGUUUCUGUUGCUUAAUUUAAGCUGGUACUCUUGUGCUUAUUAAUUGAACCCAAAUGGUUUCUUCUGAA